CAUCCUGACUCUGCUUACACGCAGCACUGACUUAUUCCACUCAGAAGCUGCGCAGAGGGCUGGACUGCAGGAAGUGCAGUUAGCUGAAGUUAAAACAGGAACCGUCACAGAGCUCUGCAGUCUCAUAGCAGCAGCCGGAAAUCAGGUAGCUGGGCAGAAAGGAGCAAGCGGGACGCACCUCCUCCAAGAUGUGGAAGGCAGCUGUAGGGCACAAUGUGGCCGUGAAGGAGGAGUCCCAAGGAGAUGACUGGGACACGGACCCUGAUUUUGUGAACGACAUCUCAGAGAGGGACCAGAGAUGGGGAGCCAAAACCAUUGAGGGCUCCGGACGGGCCGAGCACAUCAACAUCCACCAGCUAAGGAGCAAGGUGUCUGAGGAACAUGAAGUCAUCAAGAAGAAGGAGCUGGAGACUGGGCCCAAGUCCUCUUAUGGCUACGGGGGCAAAUUUGGAACAGAGCAGGACCGAAUGGAUAAGAGUGCACUGGGCCACGAGUACAUAGCCGAUGUUGAGAAGCAUUCCUCUCAGACAGAUGCAGCUAAAGGCUUUGGGGGGAAAUAUGGAGUCCAGAGGGACCGAGCCGACAAGUCAGCGCUUGGGUUUGAGUACAAGGGUGAGGUGGAGAAGCACUCAUCCCAGAAAGAUUAUGCCAAGGGGUUCGGUGGCCGCUAUGGGGUGGAGAAGGACAAGCUGGACAAAGCAGCCGUGGGGUUCGACUACAAGAGUCAGACAGAGAAGCACGAGUCGCAGAAAGACUAUGCCGUGGGCUUUGGUGGGAAGUUUGGGGUGCAGAAGGACCGUCAGGACAAAUGUGCCCUUGGCUGGGAGCACCAGGAAGAGUUGAAGCGUCAUGAGUCCCAGACAGACUAUGCCAAGGGCUUUGGAGGUCGGUACGGCGUUCAGGAGGACAGAGUGGAUAAGAGUGCCGCUGGCUUUAAUGAGAUGGAAGCUCCAACUUCCUCAUAUGAGAAGACCAAACCUGUGGAGGCAGCCUCCAGUGGAGCCAGAAGCUUGAAGUCGCGAUUCGAGAGCAUGGCCAAGUCAGCUGACGAAGAGAAUAGGAAGCGGGUGGAGGAGGAACGCAUGAGGCGCCAGGCCCGGGAGCAGCGGGAGCGCCAGGCAGCUCAGCAGAAGCAGCAGGAGCAGGAAACCCAGGAGGGUGAAGAGAUGAGCCGUAACAAGCCAGGUCCCACGCCAGCUGUGGUACCCAGGAGGGUUUGCAAAGAACCAGCAAUGCUGCCUAGUCCACAGGGACAGCAGCAAGAGGCAGACACACAGGAUGAGGAACAGCCCCCUGCACUGCCACCGCGGCCCUCAGACCUGGGCGAAGGCUCCAGCAAGCUGCAUGAGGAGUCGCAUGGGGAGGAGGCCAUCUAUGCCGACAGCGUGGAUCUGCAAGGGGACUAUGAGGAGCUACCAGAGCCCUCAGACUAUAACGAUGGUGCUGACGUGGACAGAGACUAUGAGGAGCUGCUGGAGCCCUCCAGGGAGCCGGAGGCCAUCUGCGAUGAGGGUGUCGAUACGAGUGAGGACUAUGAGGAGAUCCCCCCAGAGAGUGCAUCCAGCAGCAUCAGGAACAUUCCCUGCUCUGGAGUAUCUGAGAAUGUGUACGAGGCAGAUGAUGCUGGGAUUUCUGCUGUGGCUCUGUACGAUUACCAAGGAGAAGGUGACGAUGAAAUUUCCUUUGACCCCAAUGACACCAUCACUCACAUCAAGAUAGUGGAUGAGGGCUGGUGGCGGGGGUGCUGCCAUGGCAGAGUUGGCCUCUUUCCAGCUAAUUAUGUGAAGCUACUUCAGUGAGACCUGCCAUUGCCCGAACCCCUCUGGGCUGCUGCCUCUUACUGCUUCAGCGCUUUAUGUGUAGCCAGGGAGCAGCUCAGCUCAGCCCGGCUUGCCAGCGUGAGAGAGAAAUUAAUAAGAAAUGACAAAUAGGAUCCUGGGGGGCAGCCUGGCCCAUGUGGGAAUGGGGUGGGGGGUGAGCAAAGAAUGGGGCAUGGGGUCUUUCCCCUCUUGGAGGUGCUGGUUCCAAUCCAGCCCCAGGGUGGGAGCACUGGCUGCCUCAGGGGAGUGGGGAAUGGGAUACGGGACCUUUCCCUCUAGGUUCUCAUUUAAGAUCAACCCCUGACUAGUAAUCAGCAAAGUCUUCUGCAUGUGCUGGCCUCUCUUACCUGUGUGGGGGGCUUAGCUCAGUUCCGGGUGCACCUAUAUCUGUGUAACAGAAACUGUCCCAUGGAUGGCAGCUGUCCCAGAGGCCAAGAGCAGACUAUGCCAUGAGGAACAAAGUCCUUGUAACACUCUGAGGGGUUCAGCUCAGGCCAGGGUAAGGCACAACAGCAAAUAGGAGGGGGAGGCUUGAGCUUUUGCUGCCUGGGGAUAAACAGGACUUCAGCCUCCAGGGCGGGGAACUGGGAACCUUUGCCUUCACUAAUCGUACCAAGUUCUCCUGUGUUGAAAGUGUGACUUUGGCUGUACUAUGCUGCUCCAUUAAAUGGGAGAUGCCUGUGCAGAGGCAGACAAUAAAGGAGAGUCUUGCUAAA